AUGAGCGGCGAGGAUGGAAACGAGGAGUUCUACCGGCAGCUGCAGCUCCAGCAGCAGUACGAGGCCAAGCCAGCCGAGGGCGAAGGCGAGGAGUCUGACCCCUUUACCUACGUGGACCCAGCGGACGGGGCUGCCUACGAGUGGGACUUGGAGAAGAAGGCCUGGUUCCCCAAGAUAACAGAAGAUUUCCUGGCAACCUAUCAUGCCAACUAUGGCUUCCAUGCAGAUGAGACAGAUACUUCAUCUGCUUCUGGUACAGCCACUGAAAGUAAGCAACCGUUAAGUUCUGAGAAGUCAGGAACACAACCAUCAGCAGUUGAGACAGGACGAAAGCAAACAGAUCCAAAACAAAAAUUGGAAAAAAGGAAGCUAGAGCCAGGCUGGUUUCAUGUUGAAGAAGACAGGAACACAAAUGUUUAUGUGACAGGUUUACCUCCAGACAUUACAAAAGAUGAAUUUGUACAAGUCAUGUCAAAAUGUGGCAUCAUCAUGCGAGAUCCUCAGACAGAAGAACACAAGAUCAAACUCUACAAAGAUAAAGAAGGAAAUCUUAAAGGAGAUGGCCUCUGUUGUUAUCUGAAGAGAGAAUCAGUUCAACUUGCUUUGAGGCUUCUGGAUGAAGCAGAAAUCCGAGGCUAUAAAUUGCAUGUGGAAGUUGCAAAGUUCCAGCUGAAGGGGGAGUACGAUGCAAGCAAAAAGAAGAAGAAAUGUAAAGACUACAAGAAGAAGUUGUCGCAGCAGCAGAAACAGCUGGAUUGGAGGCCGGAGAAGAAAGAUGGGGCAGCUCGAAUGCGGCAUGAACGCAUCAUUAUUAUCAGGAAUAUGUUUCACCCCAAGGACUUUGAGGAGGACCCUCUAGUGCUAAAUGAGAUAAGAGAAGAUCUGCGGACGGAGUGUGAAAAGUUUGGUCAAGUAAAGAAGGUUCUCAUAUUUGAUAGGCACCCUGAUGGCGUUGCUUCUGUGUCAUUUAAAGAAGCAACAGAAGCUGAUUUGUGCAAGCUGACUCUAAAUGGAAGGUGGUUUGGUGGCCGUCAGCUCAGUGCUGAAACAUGGGAUGGUGUAACAGAUUAUCAGGUGGAGGAGACUGCAAGAGAAAGGGAAGAAAGGCUCAAGGUGUGGGAGUCAUUUUUAGGGGAUCCUGAUGCAAAGGAGCAGCAAACUACAUCUGAUUCGGAUUCUGCAUCAAGUAGUGUUAAACUGCCUGAAGGGAAACAACCUCCAGUGGUUAAUGACACACCUAAGGAGGAUCCAAAUGAUGAAACUCAUAAGAGGGAGAAUAAUGGUGGGGGUAUUAAUGAAGAUGGAGCUCCAUCCACAGAUAGCAGCCUUGCAGGCAGUGAUGGUGAAGCUGAUACAUAACAUCUCUAAUGCUUUAUGAAACCAUGAUUUUUAGGGUGAUGUUUGAGUGUAUCCCUUUCUUCAGGGUGACUGCAGGCAAUAUUCAUACCUAUAUAGGUGUAUUAGAAUGUCGUCAACUGUGUGCUUUGAAGUUUUCAUUAAAAACAGUAUUUAAUGGGGUUCUAAAAGUUUGUAUUAAUUGGCUGUUCAGGUGAAGUAACUCAAGUUUUCAAGAAUACAGUAAAAGUCAUCAGGCUUCUUUUGUUCUGACUAUGCUUCUCAGUGUUUCAUGAUGUGAGUGUGAAAUAUGUUCCAACCCUUAAAUUUAUGUAACUAUAUGUAACUUAUGUAAUGCAAAGGUUUUACAAGAUUUGUGGAUUGUACUGUUAAUUUAAUUUUCCUGUUAAGUUCCCUUGGUUCUCAGUAUUUCAAUCAUUUGUGUCCUGGUAUGUUGGAUCAUUUUAUGGAGCAUGUGUCAUGUUCCAGAUAGGGUGAAUGUAUUGGAUGUGUUGCUAUGUAUUAGGUGGCAAAUGAGUAGUAUCAGGUCAUAAGCUUAAAGUGGCAGACAGUGUUGCCAUAGCAACCCUAAGGCAAACCAAGCGAAGAGAGGUUACUAACUGACAGCAUUCAGCAAAUGAAGUUUUCCUUGCCCUGUUUAGAUCUUCUGUUGAUGUUAGAGGCUGAAAUUGUCUCAAGGAGACUAGAAGUGCAUGAACACAUGUACUCUAGGCCAUAAGAACAUUGGUUUUACGCUCUAAUCAUCUGUAUGCAGUAGGUAUCAAAAUAGACUUUGGAUUUUUUGGUGGCUUUAUUAGUUCUUGCUUUUAUAUUAGAGUAAGGGUUUUUUCUUAACUUUAUUAGCGUGAUGAAUGUGCGUUCUCAACAUUUUCAUUUAGCUAUGUAUGCUCUUCACAGUGGGGAGGAUCUUCCAUAUUUCACAAAGUUUAAAUGCUUUUGGCAGCCCAAACUGCAGUUUAUUGUGCAAAAGUUAGAAUACUUUAAAAUAUGCUUUCAAAUAGUGGUCUUAUAUGGAAAAAGCAAAUGCCAGUCCUCUUCAAAAUAUUUCCAAAAGCAAGGACUUAGAAUGUACUCUAACUUAGGAUAUUUUAAUAAGUGGCAGGCUUUCAAACAUAACUGAAGGGAGCUGUUUUGGGCAUAGUCAUUCUUAAUUUAGAAUUCCAUUGUUUUGAUAAGGAAGGCUAGAAGAACAUGGAUUUACGCACUAAACAAUUAAAAAUUCAUAGCAUGCUGUUUAUAUGGAUGGUUACCAGUGCACAUUUUCAAGGAGGAUCCUUUUAAUUUUUUUAAUUCAUAUUGGGUUGCAGGGAACUAUAGAUGCUGUAUUUCCAUCAUGAGGUAAUCAGAAUACUCUGAAAAUGUUAUUUUCAAACUUUGUCCUCUGAGAUUACCAUACAGAUUUUUUUUUCUUGAAUUCUGUAUGGUUGUCUAAGUUUAUUUUGUUGAGUUUUUAAUACAUAGUCAAUAUGUGUGGGUGGCUAUGCCAACAAGAGCGUCUAAGUUAUAACUUGCCAUUGUGGUUAUGAGUUAUUUCUUUUGUGACAAAAAUAGCUGUCAUAAUUGAAUUUAGGGGUUAAAAGUCUGGGGGCUCAUAGUAUGCUGAUAUGACAAAUUUCCCAUUUUGAGUUGCAUUAUAAAGAGAUGUAGCUCUUGCCAGCUAAAAAAAGUCAAUUUUCUCAUCUUUCCAAGAGAUUGUGUGGAUUGAGUGUUUCAGUAAGCAGGUGUUUGAAGAAUUCAGGGAAUCUGGAUCACUGCCUAGUUAGUAGCUGCACAUAGUGGUGUAUUCAGACACAUUUCUGGGUUGUGUUGGUUCUGCUUUAGUUAUUUUUUUUGGUGAGAAGCACCACAGACCUUUGAGAGCUGGAAGUGUUUGCAUAUGAGGAGUGUAGUUUAGUGUGGCGAGUAUUGCUUUCAGUGCUCCUUUUUUCUUUCCAGCUUGUAGACUCCAGGCUUUAGAGUUCUUACUCUGGUGUUUUGUUUGCCUUUUUUUUUUUUUUUUUUAAGGGAGCCCAGUUGUGUAACACUACACAGUUAAAUCACUUCUUUUACAGUGGAAUUACAACUGAUAUAGGGAAACUUGUGGAAAUAUGUGUAAAAUUGUAAAGUUCUAUGAAGUCUUAUCAUGGUAUCAGAUAUGGAGAACAAGGUUAGUGUUUCAAAUAAGACUUUGAAAAAUAAGGAAUUGCUGUAUGUGCUGUAUGUUCCUCUCUCCAAUUGAUGUGCAAAUUUGACUGGCUUGGUGCGGAAGUUCAGUGUGCUCCUAGUCCUUUCACCUUCUCCUUUAGACCUCACACUAAAGUAGAGCACCAACAAAGACAGAGACCAAAUGCUUUACUGGCUUUCCUAUUAACUAGGAUUCUUAAGUAAUAAAAGCUCUUUUUCCUUGCAAAUAUGUUGUUCUCAAGUGUGGAAUUAAACUUAUGUUUUCGUUUUGUCUACCUCCAUUUUCCCCAGUAAAAUGUAAAAAAAAAUAUUUUUAUAAACUAUUAAUUGAGUUAUUGAGGCAUUUAAUAGUCCAAGGAGAGGUUAAUGCAGCUGUGAUUCUUUUCAGCAGAUUUUCUUUAAAGCCAAAUUCUUUUGAUAUUUUCCUUUUAGAAAUUAUUUACAAAAUUAUUUUGAAUUUAUGAAAUUUGUAUAAAUCAGUCUGAACAAAAAUCAAGAAUUUUCACAGAAGUUAAAAUUGCUAUUUUGAAGUAUGAUUAUGAAAUUCUUAUAGUAUGGAGCAGUAAUGUUUAAUAAGAAAUUUUAACACAUCUGAACAAGCAGAGUUGCUUUUUAAACUUACGUAUUUUUCUUAGUGAUCAGCAUCAUACAUAAAUUAGUAAGAAAUGAAAACCCUAAAGGAAUUCUCACUUUAUUUUUUCUUUAAUUAAGUGUGUUCUAUUUACUUUCCUUGCUCAUUAGAAGUGAAAAAACAACCUUUUUGCUCAGUUUCUGAGGUUUUUUUUAGGUCCCAUUCCAGUGUUCAAGUAUACUGCAUGUUCCUCCAUCCCUGUGCUUUUGAUGAGAGGUUCAUUUUAAGAGAAUCUGUCUCCUUUCCUCUGUAUAUGAUGAAAACAGUAACUAGCAGCGGGCUGAAACAUUUUGUGGAUAAUUCUUUUUGCUCAGUUUUGAACUAGAGGGAUAGAUGUUCCUACCAGUUUUCAGUGUUAAAAAAAAGGAUGUAAAGCCACUUCAAUACAAUACAACAAAGUAUUAAUUGAUCCUUCAGCAUAAUUUGGCAGAAUCACUUUCUGAACCAUCCAAAAUAAUUGCUUAGCUUCAGGAUAAAUUGGUAGUUUGCUUUAAAAUCAAAUGCUGUUCCGUAGUUUGGCGGGAAGGAAUUUUUAUGGAGUUACAGGUAUUCGCCAGACAUGACGUGCUGGAGGAACAUGGCCAAAGUAGACACCUGGAGACAAAAAGCCUCAAAAUAAAAGGCUUUUUAGAAAGUUUUCUCUUUUUUUUUGCAGGUUCUCAAAUGUUUGUAUACUGGUGUAAAGAGAGAAUUAGUUUCAUUUUGCAUCAAAAUGUUUAUCUGUUUCUCCUGCUGGCUUUUUAAAUUUUUUUUUAAUUGAAUUUCAGUCCCUUGUACAGCUUAGGGUUUGUAUAAGGGUUGCAAUUCACUUAAAAUCUUUAGUAUAUUAAAUGCAGUGCGUUUUAGCUAAAACACAUCCUACACGUUAUUCAGUUAAGGUUAACCUAUUAACAGUUACAAAUAAUUAGCUUCAUUCAUUUAAGAAAACUUGAAGACGUUGGAUGCUUCACGGAAACCCAAACUUGCCUUUCAUCAAUAUUCAUGCCCAGAAUUCUUGAAACUACACCAAACCAAAUUAGAAUAAAAAAAACUAAAAAUACAUUCCUAUAGAUUUCAGUUGGAUUUUAAAUUCUUAUUUUUAUUUCUGCGUUUGAGAAAAACAUACUGCAGUAUGGUAAAUGAAUUCUGAGAGUUGUGUAUUUGUGUUGAUUUGACUUGUGUAUAUUGUAGUGCUCAUUAUGGCUUGACAUCUUACUGUCAGAAUACUCUGAAAGUUCUGUAAAAUAUUUAUAGAAUUAUAAAAUCUUUUGCAGAAAACUGUUUUUUUGCUCAUUCUGUAAUAUGAAAAGUAUGAAAACUAUAUUGUUAGGUUAAACUUUUCAGUAAGUAGACUUGGAAUUUUUUUUAGGAGAUUUUCUUUUAAUAAAUUAAUCAUUUUCAUUUAUCCUUUAGAAAAGCAACAUUAACAAAGCAGAUGCUGUUUGAAUAAUGUCUGGACUUGUGACAGCAUCUGAGAAUACACUUUGUCUUCGAUUUGUUUCUUAAAGGGGUUAUGUUUUAUACUACCUUUUUAAUAAACAAAGUCAUGAACGGAA